AAUUUUAUAUAUUAGCAAAUAUGUUUGUCCGUUAAUGAGCGGGGAAGUAAGCCGUAGCCAUAAUGAGUCUCAACCUGGGAGGAUGGAUCCACAGCUUCACCGUGACGGACACGCAGGAGCACAAGGGCGGCUACACCAUCUACAAAAUCACCUCGAUUGUCUUCCCCAGGUCGGUGCCCCAGGCUCUGACCUGCCUGGUGGUGUGGAAGCGGUUCCACGACGUCAAGCGGCUGCAUCGCGAGCUGAGCCGGCGCCACAAGAGUCUCCAGCUGCCCGGCAAGUUGCCCGUGCCCACGGAUAGCUCUUACUUCAAGCGAUUCGAUGCGGCGGUCAUCCAGCGGCGAAAGGAGUACAUCCUGCAGCUCCUGGACUUUGCGGCCCAGCAUCCGGCGCUGUACAAGUGCGCCACCUUCACGCAGUUCUUCCAGGAGACGCCCUCGCCCAGUGGUUCACCGCUGAAGAAGCUGUACGUGGAGCGAUCCCUGCGGCUGCAAACGGCGGAGAGCGGCUGCAGUGGCAAUGGAGGAUCAGGGACGGCAGCUGGAGCCAUAGCCGACAUUUGCGAUAAACUCGAUUUGCCCUAUGACCACCACGAUGCGGGGGGCAUUACGCCGCUAGAUCCGCGAUGCGAUAAGGAGCAAACGAGCAACGAUGAAUCUAAUACCGAAAAGGAAACAAGCACGGAUGAUACCAAGCCGGAUGAAGCCCCCUCCAAGCGAGAUUAUCUGCGCCUUCUCACGCCCAUGGCCUCCAUAGAAAGCGACGACAGCGACUACAUCUAUGAGGCCGCCCUGGAGUUUAGCCAUGCCGUCCAGGCGGAGGUCAAUCUCGAGUACGCCGAAGCCCAUGAGCGUUAUAAGCAUGGCGUGGACCUGCUGCUCCAGGGAGCCAAGCAGGAUGCCAACGAAGAGCGCCGGUUUAUAGCCAAGGCCAAGAUAGCCAAGUAUUUAGCGCGAGCAGAGGAGAUACAUGCCAACUUUCUGGCCGACAAUUGCGCCACGAAGAAGCUGCAGUUCCAGCUCUCGCUGGACAUGACGGACGGCGACAGUGUGACGCAGUUGGAGUGCCCCUGGAACCAGUUGGCCCGCUACAAGGUGCUGCAGGUGCUCCAAGAGCGGGUGAUGCAGGUGCAGUGCGUGACGAAAUCCCAGCAGCCGGCGGCUAUUAUGAAGGGCAUUGAAAAGCCUGCAAGUCAUUCGCUCACCCAGAGCAUAUUUCUGCCCCAACAGGUGCCUUACAUGGUCCAGCUGCUGGCCUACUUCCAGUCGGAGCAGAAGAUCUUCCUGCUGCUGCGGCAGGCGGAGGGUGGCAGGCUGUACGAUUACCUGCAGAGCUACACGCCCACGGGCAGCAAGUCUGUCAAUUACGGGGAGCUGUUUCCCGCGGAUCAGGAGCAGGAUGAGGAGGAGAAGCCUCUCACCGCAGACAGCGAGGUCAGCGAUCUGGUUCGCAGCUCCCAGCAGCUUCUAAAGUCCGUGGCAAACACACUGAGCAACCUGCAAGCGGGAGUUGUCACACCCAAGAAACAAAAAGCGGAUUUAAAUCGCAUCAGAAGUAACCCAAUCCCAGAGCAAUGUCUGCGCCAGUGGGCCUGCGAGCUGGCCAUCGCCAUUCACUGUCUGCACGGCAAGGGCGUUAUUCUGCGCGAUCUGCACAUGGCCAACAUAUUGCUGGGCGCCAAGGGGCAGCUGCUGCUGACGUAUUUUUACCAGAACGAGGGUCUCAGUUCGGACGACAACUACGUGCACAAGGCGCUCAGUUUGGAGGCUCUGGCCAAUCACUUUGUGGCGCCCGAGAGACCGCUGAGCUUCCGUUCGGACUGGUGGAGCUAUGGCGUGGUGCUCUAUCAGCUUCUGUUGGGUGUGCCCUACAAAGUUACUCAUCCGGGGCAGCUAGAACUCUACGGUUGUGUCCAGUAUCCCAGCGAGUCCCUGGAGAUCUCCGAUCAUGCCAAGGACCUGCUGGAGCAACUGCUGCAGCUGACGCCGGAGCUUCGUUUGGACUACGAUCAAUUGCAGGCACAUGCCUUCUUUAAGGGCAUCGACUGGCAAGCGGUUCUGCAACAGGGAACUGUGUCCACGUGACUCAAUUAGCCUUGAUUUUGUUUGUUUUAUUAAUCUCGUACCUGAGGGUAAUCUAAUUUGUGAUUAUUUUCUUUGUCCUGAAUUGGUAUUUACUAGCUUACUUCCAAGGAAU